GCCUAGCAAAGAUGGGUUCGAUACGGAAACAUCCACUACCAUUGGGGAUCUGCCUCUGGCUGUUGGCUAGCAUUCAGACGAUCUCUGGUUUUCCCGCAAAGAAAAAUGACUUCUCUGGUCAUUGUGACACAGAGCCACAGCCACGUCUUACGGUGAUACAGCCGGGGCCAAAUGGCGAACUGCAGAUCCAGGGCGGGAUCAUGGGACUCUAUAUGAACGAGCACCAGAGUCCAUCGAAACAGGGUCCCACGCCUGAGGAUUCGCUUAAUCAAAUGGACUUCUGUCCGCAGUCUGAGCAGGAGUCCAAUGAAGAUCUAUCUGUACACUAUGUAAAGGUCACAGCAUUGAUACCGGUGAAUAUAAAGCCGAUUCAAGACUGUGGACAUAAUGUGGUAGAACCACCUCCGACGCCUUCACCGCCUCCGCCAUCUUCUCAACCGCUGCCGCUGCCACCGCCGCCACCGCCUCGGCCUUCACCGCCUCCACCGCCUCCACCGCCUCCGCCGCCGCCACCGCCACCGCCUCGUCCCCUUCCUACUCGACUCCCUCAGCCACCUCCUCCACGGCUUCCGCCUCCGCCUCCACCUUCGCCUACUGCUAAACCGGAAAUCAAUUGGGAAGGUUGUGUUGAGGAUUGUCCGUAGUUCGUAGAGCUUCUCCAAUAACCAAGAACAGAGAAAUCUCCGUAGAAAACGUUAAUUACAAGUAAAUCUGUUAAGUUGCUCAUCUAUAAUAGAAAAAAGCAAUUUUAAAGUAAGCUUUCCAAUAACUUA